GGAACAAACAUCUUCGUGGUAAACCCUACAUAAAAUUAGGAACCAGAAUCCCAGUUCACAGGUUACAAGGUUCAAACUACAAAGAUCAUCGAUGGCAGAAACGAAAGAAGGGUCAGGUCCGGAGAUGUCUCUGAAGGAUCAGGGCAACGAGUUUUUCAAGUCAGGAAAGUAUCUCAAAGCUGCUGCACUCUACACUCAAGCCAUCAAGCAAGACCCUUCAAACCCUACUCUCUAUAGUAAUCGUGCAGCAGCAUUGCUACAAUUGGAUAAGCUUAAUAAAGCUCUUGAUGAUGCUGAGAUGACAAUCAAACUAAAACCUCAAUGGGAAAAGGGAUAUUUCAGGAAGGGAAGCAUAUUGGAGGCCAUGAAACGAUACGAUGAUGCUUUAGCUGCCUUUCAGAUAGCAUUGCAGUAUAACCCACAAAGUCAAGAAGUAUCAAAAAAGAUAAAGAAGAUAAACCAACUGGUGAGAGAUAGCAAGCGAGCUCAAGAAGUGGAGAACAUGAGAUCCAAUGUUGACAUGGCCAAACAUUUAGAUACAUUGAAACCUGAAAUGUCUGGAAAGUAUGGAUCUGAAGAAUGCUGGAAAGAUAUGUUCUUAUUCCUUGUUGAAACUAUGGAGACUUCUGUAAAAUCAUGGCAUGAAACUUCUUCAGUGGAUGCUAGAGUUCACUUUCUUCUUGAUAUGGAAAAGACACAGACCGAUAAGUAUGCCCCAGUUGUGAAUAUUGAUAAGGCCUUUGAAUCACCACAUACACAUAGCAACUGCAUUUCAUUUCUUAGACAGUACGCUGAGGAGUCUUUUUCCAAAGCAGCCUGCUUGGUGACUCCCAAAAGCAUCAUUGCUUAUCCACAGGUCUGGAAGGGACAAGGAUCAAGAAAGUGGAAACAUGCCCAGAGUGAUGGUUUCUUUGUUCAAUUUGAGUCACCUUCCCUGCGAAAGCUAUGGUUUAUACCCAGUUCAAAUGAAAAGGGACAGACAUUGUGCAGGGAUCCAGAGGUUUUGGACAUUGGUGCACAUGAAGUUCUUCCCCGGUUAUUCAAAGAAAACAUGCCCCGUUCUUAGAGUACUUCACUGGUACUUGGUGUAUAUUUAUUCCAUAAGGUAAAAAUGACAGGCUCAGACGACGGUUUGCAUGUUCAAUGAAUACAGAUACAAUUUGGUGCCGAUGUUUUGUUGUCUUGGUAUGUGACAAAUGCUGGCAGGAUGUAUGCUCCAUAAUUUUGUGAGAUCUGUUUAUUUAUUUAUUUAAUUAUUAUAAACUAUCCAAUCCAUUAAGGACAUGCAUUUUUGGUAAUCUUUUUAUUGUUUGUUUGCUCUUCUCUGUUCUUGUGGUUUGGAGACUUUGGCAUUUAGUUUGUUCACUUCAGAUGACUCUUCUUUGUUGCCAAGGCAAGUUUCAAGUAGUCAGUCAGCAAUUAGCAUAGGUAUUUUAUCUGUAUUUUAUUUUGGUCCAGAUAUGAAUAUUGAAUUUGGUGGUUAAUGUUCAGUUUAGAUCAACAAUUUGUUUUUGUA